AUUCCUCCUUCCUAAAAAUUAAGAUGGCGACGUUGACCAGGAAGUGAGAUAAACAACCGUGCCGAGAAAACACGGGAGAAUAAUGGCGUAAAGGCUCCGGUUCCGCCCGCACCGAGAAACAGCGACAGCAGAGAGGCGAGCAGCGGCGGGGUAAUGACGGGGAAAUGAGCGGGGAGCGCGCGCGAGAUGGCUGGAAAAUGAUGAAAUCUAUUGCUCUUUUUGAAAAGUUGGCUGGGAUGGUCACUAAGCCGCUGCUUUGAGCCUGAUGUCUAUUCUUGCCACAUCUGCUGUCAUGGACACGGAGGACUUCCUGCACUCGGAGGGUCCUCAGCUGGGGAGUCCCAAAUACAGUGUGCCCAGUCCUCCACUCUCCAGCUCCAUUGAGAGUCAGCUGUUUUCUGCUAACUUGUGGCAGUCAUUCUCCCAGCAGCCUCAGUAUAACCAGCACUAUCCUAUGCAACAAUCUGGGAGAUCGUGCCAGCCUAGCUCUACAUCUGUGGAUAUGUUCAGUGACAUGGAUUUCUCCGACCUUACAUCAGGCAGGAAUGAAGACUUUUCAGCGGAUCCAUCCUUUAUAGAUGAAUUGUCCAACACGUCUCUGUUCUCCUCUCCCGCGGAUUCUCUGUCUGAGUAUACUGAUCCUGCCGGUUUCGACAGCCUGACCCACAUAACCAGUCAGGGCUCUUCCUCAACGCCAGCAAUGUGGGGAACACCUGGGCACAGUCAGAGAGAGUUGGUCCCAUCAGUUCCUCACUUGAACAAGUUUCCAGGUUUGAACAAUCUGGACGAUAUCAUCCUGAGCAACCAGCCUUUGGGAGGAUAUAAGCAACCUGAGGUCGUUCAGCCUCCACCUGAGGAGGAAGAGGAUGCAGAUGAGGAAGAGACGGAAGAACUUGGGCACAUGGACACAUAUGCUGAGUACAAGCCAUCCAAAUCAACCAUCGGAAUCUCUCACCCAGACAUUGUGGUAGAGACCAGCACUCUCUCCAGCGUCCCUCCUCCAGAUGUCACAUACACUCUUUCCAUCCCAGACAGCACUAUCCAAAAUGGUCUACUGUCUGCCCUACAGCUUGAGGCCAUCAUAUAUGCCUGCCAGCAACAUGAGGUGAUCCUGCAGAACAACCAGAGGGCAGGCUUUCUGAUUGGGGAUGGAGCUGGUGUAGGGAAGGGCCGCACUGUCGCCGGUAUCAUACUGGAGAACUACUUAAAGGGAAGAAAGAGAGCCCUAUGGUUCAGUGUGUCUAAUGACCUAAAGUAUGAUGCGGAAAGAGACCUCAGGGACAUAGAGGCCCCCAAUAUUCCUGUUUUUGCUUUAAACAAGAUUAAAUAUGGAGACACAGCUACCUCAGAGGGUGUCCUGUUUGCCACAUAUUCAGCUCUGAUUGGAGAGAGUCAGGCAGGAGGGCAGCACCGCACCAGACUCAAGCAGAUACUGGACUGGUGUAAACCUGAAUUUGAUGGAGUUAUUGUGUUCGAUGAAUGCCAUAAAGCCAAAAAUGCAACGUCAACCAAGAUGGGCAAAGCUGUAUUGGACCUUCAGAACAAGUUGCCCUUGGCCAGAGUGGUUUAUGCUAGUGCCACAGGUGCCUCUGAGCCAAAGAACAUGAUCUAUAUGAGUCGGCUGGGAAUUUGGGGAGAGGGAACACCCUUCAAGACAUUUGAGGACUUCCUGCAUGCCAUUGAGAAGAGGGGCGUUGGUGCAAUGGAGAUAGUUGCCAUGGAUAUGAAAGUCAGUGGCAUGUACAUAGCUCGGCAGCUUAGCUUUUCUGGCGUCUCGUUCCGGAUCGAGGAAAUUACACUGGAUGAAGAGUUCAAGGUGGUCUACAACAAGGCUGCCCGCCUGUGGGCCGAGGCUCUGGAGCUCUUCACCAGGGCAGCGGACCUGCUGGCACUGGCAUCACGCAAAUCUCUCUGGGGACAGUUCUGGUCCUCUCAUCAGCGCUUUUUCAAAUACCUCUGCAUCGCCGCCAAAGUGCGCCGCCUGGUGGAACUCGCUCAGGCUGAAAUGGAACGGGGAAAGUGCAUUGUAAUUGGGCUGCAGUCUACUGGUGAGGCCCGAACCCGAGAGGUUCUGGAUGAGAAUGAUGGGCAUCUGGACCGAUUCGUCUCUGCAGCUGAGGGUGUGUUCCAGUCUCUGGUUCAGAAGCACUUUCCAUUAGAGAAGCCGAAAAAAGAGAAGACUGCAGGGAAUAAAAGGAAACGAAAGCCCAGAGGUCGGCCACCCAAAUUUCCGAAGCCAUGUAUGGAGGAGGGAGGGGUUAUUAAGAUCAGUGAUGACUCUGAUUUGGACUCGGAGGACAUUGACAGUGACUCAAACUCUUCCCCGGAGUCACUGCUGGACAACGACGAUGUUAUCUUUGUCAACCACAUCAAUGGGCCUACUGCAAAACUGGAAGAGCUGAAGCAAGGUCUGCUGAGUAAGAUAGCAGAGCUGGGAAAGGAGCUUCCUCUUAACACACUGGAUGAACUGAUCGAUAGAUUCGGUGGGCCAGAGAGAGUGUCUGAGAUGACUGGCCGUAAGGGUCGAGUAGUGCGAAGGCCAGAUGGUAGAGUGCAGUAUGAAUCACGGGCGGAACAGGGGCUCACCAUUGACCACGUUAACGUCAAAGAAAAGGAGCGCUUCAUGGUAGGAGAGAAGCUGGUAGCAAUCAUCUCAGAAGCAGCAAGUUCAGGGAUCUCUCUGCAGGCAGAUAAACGAGUGCAGAAUCAGAGGAGGAGGGUGCACAUGACCCUGGAACUGCCUUGGAGUGCUGACCGUGCCAUUCAGCAGUUUGGUCGCACUCAUCGUUCUAAUCAGGUGACCGCUCCAGAAUACAUAUUCCUGAUCUCGGAGCUGGCGGGGGAGAGGCGUUUCGCAUCCAUUGUGGCAAAGCGCCUGGAGAGCUUGGGUGCCCUGACACACGGAGACAGACGAGCCACAGAGUCCAGAGACCUCAGCAAAUACAACUUUGAGAACAAAUAUGGCACCAAAGCUUUGGACAAGAUUACUAAAGCCAUAUUGGGUCACAUAGAAAACAAAGUCCCUGCACCUAAAGGAUAUCCAGGGGGUGAAGCAAGGUUCUUCGCAGAUAUGAAAAAAGGCAUGAUUGAUGUGGGUAUUUUCUGUAGGGAGCCUCGCUUUGGACUCAACACAGAGAAAGACUGCACGAUCACCAAGUUCCUGAACCGGAUUUUAGGGCUGGAGGUGCACCAGCAGAACUCACUCUUCCAGUACUUCACGGACAACUUUGAUUACUUGAUUGAUAAAGACAAGAAAGAAGGGAGAUAUGACAUGGGCAUCCUUGAUUUGGCUCCAGGUAAUGAUGAAAUCUACGAGGAAGAACAGGAAGUGUAUCUGACCCCUGGAAACCCCCAGGAAGGCCAGGUCACUCUUUAUAAGAUCAGUGUAGAUCGGGGGAUGCCCUGGGAUGAGGCCUGCAAGAAAGCAGAAACACUGACAAAGGAACAUGAGGGAUUCUACCUCUCUCACAAGCUACGAGGGAGCCAGCCCUGUGUGCUGUUGGCAGAGCAAGGUCGAGGCCGAAAUCUCAAUGUGUACAAGCCCAACAUCGGCAGACAGGCACAUCCAGAGAACCUGGACAACUUGCAGAUGCGCUACCGCAAGGUGACACCGGAGGAAGCAAAGGAUACCUGGGAGAAUCAAUUUGUCUUUUCUUUCAAGAAGUGCAGCCAUGCUAACUGGAAAGGCAAGUGUAAGCAGGUGGAACAGGGACAGGAGUGCUGGCUGGGCAUGCGUCUGCGGCAGUAUCACAUGCUGUGUGGAGCUUUGCUGAGAGUGUGGAAGCGAGUCGCUGAUGUCAUCUCUGAUGUUACGAACUCAAGCAUCCUGCAGAUUGUGCGCCUCAAAACCAAACAGAACAGCAAGCAAGUUGGUAUAAAGAUUCCAGAGAACUGUGUGGAACGCGUCCGCAGCGAGCUCUCGCAGAUGGACUCAGAGGUGAAGCGAGCUCGGAAAGAGAAGCAGCUUGCGAAGGAGAAGCGCAUACAGGAGCAGCGCGCCCGUCAGUUCCUUCUGGAGCACCAGAAGCGACUGCUCACCUGCAUCAACCCCCAUAACCCUCCACCCUACCCAGGCAUCCACCCAGGCCAGACCAUAGCACCAAAGAACAAGGCUGUGGAAGAGGUACUGGACCUCACACUCAGUCCCUGCCCUUCCCCUGAACCCAAAGCCAAUGGGUCCAAAUUAGGAUCAGUUCUGAAUGGAACAGUUGGGAUAAACGGUGGCUUUGGGAGGCAAAGAGGUGGAGGAGGAGGUUCAGGAGGACUGAAGAUUCCUGAGACGUUUCACCUGGAAGAACUGAUCUCGCAGGAGCGACAAAGGGACAUGCAGCCUCCUUUACAGCGCGGCAUGACCAACGUCCAUCCGAGCCCCUCGCUGUCCCACAACGGUUUUCUCGCUCUCAAACAGCAGCUAAAGAACAACUCGCAGACCGUCCACACACUGAAACAGCAGCACACUGCGCUGGGGGUUCUCCAGCAGAGUAGAGCACAAACAUCCAGCGUGUUCAGUUCUCCGCAGGUUUCCAGUCAGAUAGCAGCUCGGGUGGCGGAGAUCCUGCGACUUCAGAACAACGGAAACAAGCCACUUGUACAGCUAAAGCCUAAUGCUAACACGUUAACCAACCACACUGCACCAACAAUACCCAGACACCAGCUGCGUACGGAUUCCAUGCCACGUGUAUCUCACUCGCUGUUCUCCACUCCUUUACAGCAGGGUAGUCAUCAACACACAUCCAUGCACACACACCCAUCCAGCUUACGCACUCACAUGCUCGAAAGACAGAUGACUGCAAACAAACACACACCGCUGUCACACAAACCGUGUCAGCAGCCACAGCAGGCGAUCAGCAGUCAGUCAGUUCUAGAAAAUUCUGCAGCUUCACAGGACGAAUUUGACUUCGAUUUGCCUGUUCACGCUCCUGUUCAACCCCCUCCGUAUACAUUCUCCUCUCCAGCACCUCAAGCCCCACCCUCCUCGUCUUCGUCGCAGUCCUUCUCCUGCUCUUCCCCUAGCUCGCUGUCCCUGUUCUCCUCAGCCCUCCCGUCGUCUUCUCUGUCAGACUCCAUCUCCUCUUCCUCCCUCUUUGCGCCCUCAUCUGAACACCCCUCCCAUCAGUUAGCCAACGGCCACUGCAGCAUGGACGCAGACCUGGACGCUCUGAAUGCCCACGAGGAGCUGGACCUCAUGACCUGUGGAACAUCCUCAGAUCAUCGCCAGUCCGUUAUUCAGUACAAACCUCCGGACUGGGACAGCUAGUGGCUGCUCAAGAGUGCCUGUGAAUUUACAAGACCACUGUACACGCACAAUAAGUGUCUGUUCCUGUUACUGAAGGAGUGUCCAGCUUCGGUCCUGGAGGGCUUUAGUCCAGCAUGGUUUGGGUUAGUGUAGAGUUCUUGGGGGACCAUUGCCCUGCACUUUUUUACACAGUGCUUUUCCUGCUUUAACACACCCAUUUCUAUUUAUUAGUAAGUACUGGUUUAGGGGCUAUAGUUAACAAGCUGAUUACUUGGAUCGGGUGUGUUGGUAGCAUGGAAAACAAGCAAGUAAAUAGUACAGAGCACUGGGGCUGUAGGACAGUUGAAAACCACGGGUUUGAAGGCCUGUCAUGGUAACUACUUAUUUUUGAUUUGGGACUUAUUGUCCAAAAAAUAAUUGUAAUGAAAUCUAUUUUUCAUUUUAAGAUCAUAUUAUGCCCCUGAUAUGAUACAGUAUAUGAAAAUACUGUAGUAUAGAUAAUACACUGCAAAUGCAGUUACUCCCUUACGUUUUUAUGAAUAUUCAGACAUUGGAAUGAGAAUAUAAAUUUCUUUAGAUAUCUUAAAUAAAUACGUUUAAGUUUUCAUAUUUUUAAACAGUGGUAAUACCAGCUCAUUCACAUUAAUGGGCUCACUUUUCUAAAAAAAUAUUACAGGAACAAUGUAUACUGUAUUUUGUACGAUAACUUAUAGCUCGUACAAUAAUAAAAUUAUCAUUACAGGCCUGCUGAUUUAGUGUGCUGGACAAAAGUCAUCCAGGCCACUGCUGUUGGGCAUUCCUGACUUAUUGUGAUUUCAGCCUGUCGAGGUGAUGUGUGUGUGUUUAACUCUGGGCGUUCAGACAUAGAAAAGAUUUAUUAUUAUUAUUACUAUUAAUAUUAUUUAUCUUCUUUAGUCUGGCCCACCAAGCCACUCACUGGCUAUAAGCUCUUUUUUAAAAAGGUGUUUUGGUCAAAAGUGUUUUCUUUUUCAUGCAGUUGAAGAUACAUCAACACUUCAUUAACUAGGGAUGCUGUAUAAGGGAUACCUGUACAGCUUUAUAAUCCUCGUACUUCAGUUGAUGCUGAGGUUUGUCCUCAGCUCAUAAGGGUCUGCUAUAAGGGAAAGGGCCAGGCUCCUUUUUUGCUCUGUAUCCCUCAUACAGUACAGUCAUACAGUCAUACAGUUUUCUUUUCUUUCUUUUUUUGUUCAUACUGAUGCAUCACCACACUUUCAGGAUAUACAGUACGAUGUACACUAGUGAAGAUUUUUUAUUUUAUUUUUUUUAAAGAAAGGCAUGUCUGAAUAGACUUUGUAAUCAUCUCAGGCCCACUGUGGUGAAGUGUAACGGGUGGGCCUGUGAAACUGACGUGAAUCCAUAGCUUCUAAUGCUAUUUCUGAGGGAUGCGGUUCUCUAAAUUUUCGUCCAAAUACAAGACAAAUGCACUGAUCAAGCAUAAUAUUAUUAUGACCACCUAAUUGUUUUUGCACCCAUUAUUCAUUUGUUUCAGCUACACGUAUUGGACAUUUUAGAUUUCCUGUAUCUGUUUCUUUGCAUCCUUUUUAAUCUUUAUCCUCCUUUCACUCUGUUCUUUAAUAGUCAGGAGACCAGGUCAGGAGGUCAGCUGCUGCUGCACAGUUUUGUUUGUACUGGUCAUUCUCCCACAGUACACUGUUGGUGGACUGUUCUCAGGAAAAUGGAUAAUCGGUGUCGAAAGAAGGAGGUGGUCAUAAUGUUUUACUUGAUCGUUGUAUGCUUGUCCGUUUUACUCAUUUUACUCCUGGAGUGCCGACCAAGCGGUGAAAAGGAGGGGGAUCCAUUUUUUUUAAACAGUUUUAAGGUUGGAAAAUGUCUGUUUGUUCAUUUGUUUGUUCAUUCAUUAAUUCAUUUAUAAACACAACAUCUUUAGCUGUUUAAUUUAGCUUGGCUUUGGUCGCAGCUCUUGUUGUUGGAUACUGUGGGGAAUUUAGACCUGGAAGGAAUGCCUUGAAGUUCAGUCAGUGCCUUCAUAUUUUUAAGAUGCAGUCUUUUUUUAGCUGGUGUGAAUGAAUUGUGUGUGCGCGUGCGCGUGAGAGAGUUUGUAUGUGUGUGGGUUUGUGGGUGUAUGUGCAUAUAUAGAUCUUCUUCUCUCUUAUCUAUAUAUAUAAAUAAAUAUACACAUAAUUCUAUAGUAUUUGAUAGAUAUAUUUGGUGAUAUUUAUUAUUAUGACCAGCAUAUUGCACCCUCUAGGGGCUCACUGUCCAAUUUGAAAACUGCUGUUUUAUCUGUUGACCCCAUUAACCCAGCCCCCUCCUACGGGCCCGAAUAGAGGGACAGAUUUAUUGAUGAUAUCUAGACUAUUAAAAAAAUAAAAGAAAGCUAAAAAAAAAUAAAUAAAUACUUCAGCCUAAUGAGGCUAAUGAAGUCCUUUAGUUGCUUUACUGCUCGUUUCUUUUUGUACUUUCUCAGGUAUAGUAUGAACUCAUUACUGUCCAGACCAAUUAUUAUUAUUAUUAUUAUUAUUGUUAUUAUAGUUAUUAUUGUUAUUAUUUAACUCAAAUAACCAGGCUAAACCUGUUACAAGGUUUUUGACAGUUGAACUACUACUACUGGACCUUGCGCUGAAAUACCCUCCUCCUCCUCCUUUAAACAGAGGGAGCGUAACACUUAGCAAUAAAUAAAGAUGAUAUUAAACUGCCCCUCAAACAAGAGGAUUAAUAUUCAGCUUGGUUAGGGUUCCUGUUAGUUUUUUUGUUUGUUUGUUUUUGUCAAUAUUUUUUCAGAAGAAUAUUAUAUUUAAAAACUUUAAAGGAAAAAAAAGAUAUCCAGGACAUGUUUCAAAGCGGUUCUUCUUAUGAGGUCAACUUUAUUGUUGUAUAGGUGGAAUGGAAACAAUUUAUUGUCUUUGAUGAUGUUAAUGUUGCUGUUGAUGAUGUUUGUAUUACUGUUGUUGUUAUUAUUAUAACUAUUAUAAUUAUUGUUAUUUAUAUCCAUGGGACAUUUUAGUAGUGGGUAGUCUUGGUUAUAAUCCUGUUUGUUUGGUAGUUAACACUUGUCAGGGUCUUUUUUUCUUUUUCUUUUUUCUUCCUUUUGUUUUUUCCUGUUUGUUUGUUUGUUUAUUUGUUUUGUUAGUUUCUUCUGAUUCCCAAAUGCAGAUCUCGUCAAAAUCUAGCUUAUUUUAACCUGCCACCAAAUCUAUUGCACUGCCUUCCACUGCUGUCCAUCUUCAACAUGUUAUUUAUGUCUGUAGAUCAGUCACCCUUUACACUAAGUCAGCGUACGUGUAAAAUCUCGCUUGCUGGGCUUUUGGCCGUAGAAACCCAGUGACACCAAAGUUUUUCCUCAUCACAAAAUGAACACUUUAAUAAUAAAUACAAAACAUUUAUUAUUAAAACUGCUACUGAUUGUAUGUAUGUACGUAUGUAUUAUUAUUAUUAUUGUUAUUAUUAUUCUAAUUAAUAUUAUUAUUGUUUCCAGUUAAGAUUAUUUUAAGCACUUUUACUUUGGGCUUUCUUUAUUUUAUCUGAAUAUUUAUGAUUUAGAUGGAACUGUACAUACUGUAAACAACUGUGCCUUUUGACUCGUUCUGAACGUUUUCUACAACAUAACAGAAGGAAUAUAUUGUACUGCAAUAUUAAUUUUGUUAACAAACAAAAUAAAAGUUUAAAGAGUUUGUUGGAA